AUGAACUCAACCGAGAAAUUAAAUGAUGUAAUUGUGCAUAGAUCAAACGAAAUAUCAUUUUAUUUAUGGUGGAUAUUAAUUGGGUUCUUUUCUUCAUUUCUGAUAACUGAACUAAUAUCACCGGCUAUAUCGAGAAUAUGGUGUAAAUCCUAUGCAAGUAUAUCACGUAAACAAUAUCUGGAAUGGAAUGCAAGAUGGCUAUCAACAGCGCAUUCCAUCUUCAUUUUACUGGUCAGUUUCUACUGUGUAUUAUUCAACAAGAAAAUGCAUGAAGAUAAAUUCUUGUAA